AACCCAAAACAAAUUAAUUUGCUGAUUUAUCACGUCAUGGGCGUGGUUGUUUUAUAGUUGAAGAAUCAUACAGCCUUAACAAAGUGUUGGGAAAACCUGAUAGAAAGCGGGAGUCGAGACCUUUUUUUCCCCAAAUUUACAGAGAGAAAGUCGAUUAAUUUCGUGAAAUAUCCUACUGGCUGUAUUUCCAGUCAGUUCAGAGAGCUUUAAAGGUCCAAGUUUUAAAUAGUCCCUACACGGAGCGCAUGAGAGGUUUUCUCCAGCCCUCCCAUUCCCGCAGUAACACCGCCUCCUCCACAUGGCUCAGCGCCCUUCUGUAUCCAAAACUCCUCUGCUGUGAACUUAUGGCACGCAGUCACCAGUUGCCUUCGACCAGCAGCUACUGGUCCAGUAUAGUGUCAGACAGAUGACUGGUCACCUUCAGUCCGGGUUUCAGUGCAGCCUAUGGCUCCUCUGCUCCGCGUAUUUUAUAGGGAAAACUUUCUAACAUUGUCGAAGACGUUAUCCCGGAGGUGUUACCUGUAUCUGGGAGAAUGAGCUCCUUCGGGGGCGACUCAGCUCCUGAUGGAAGAGACCAGAACAACCGUGCGUUCACUGUGGAGGGAUGUCCGAGCGGGGAGUCUCCAGUGACCCCCAGGAAAAGACUUCACUCCGUGGAGGACCCGCGCUGCAGUAGCCGGCCUCCGCCUGAGGGUGCGGGGUCGGUUUCCAUCUCCGAGUCGGAGGAGAAAGGAGGCUUCUGCCAGCAAUGUCAGAAGAAAGUCUCAGAGCUAAAGAAGCAGGCGCUUGCCCUGGCAGACCAAAACUCAUUGAAGGACCCUGGAUAUGCAACCUUCCUCUUUGAGCAGCUCCAAACACCAGGGAGCCAUGAUGCUGCCAUUAGCUGUUGCAAGGUCUGCUCCACACCUCUUCACCAACUGAGGCAGGAGGCCUUGCAGACGCUCCACGCUCCUAUCCUCACCUUCAGCUCAGACAUGGCAACCACAACCACAUCGUCCUUUCUACCGCAGCCGGCUAGAUUCACCGUGUCGUCCUCCAGCGUUCAUGCCAAACAGCUGUCUAAAGGCCAACCGGCUGCACACUCCGUCCUGCCUCUGGGGGAGCGGCACAGGGUACCAGGCUGGUCACAGUGCCCGGUCCCCUCGGCCACCUCAGGGCAAAAAACAAGCGUGCAGGUGACGAUGGCAGGAGGACAGAUCAGUGGAUCUCUGAGCUCUGUAACCAUUCAGGCACAGCAGUACCUGGAGGGAAUGUGGAGCAUCUCCAGAGUCAACAACUUCCUGCCUCAGCCCAAACCGGUGCAUGGUUUGAUGGGGGAAGCUGACAGGGAUGUUGCGCCAUCAGAGGCCCCGCUCACCUCCACCUCCAUGACUACCACCAGCACCAGCAGCACUCUGACGCCUUGUAGGCUGAGGAGCUGCAGCCAACCGGGACUCCCAGCACCAAAUACGUCCACCUCCACCUCUGCAUCCUCGUCUGCUGCAGCCUCCUUCUUUAUAAGGGCGGCUCAGAAGCUGAACCUCUCCUCCAAGCGCAAGAAGCACCAGCCCUCACUGCUCCACCCACAGGAGCCCUCCAUUUACCCCACCAACUUCAGUGGGAUCCUGCAGGUCUCGCCGCCACCUGCCCCACCAUGCUUGCUCCGGGCUGUGUCCAAAGUUAAAGAAAAUCCCGGGAUGGGGAAGGUGAAAGUGAUGAUGCGUAUCUGUCCGUCUCUCGAGGCAGCAGACUCCUCAGAGUCUCAGUCCUUCUUGAAAGUUGACAGCAGGAAGAAGCAGCUGACCCUCUACGACCCCGCCUCAAGCCCGCACUCUGGUUCAGGACACAGAAGAUCUGCCACCGUAGCCGUCCCAAAGAUAUUUGCCUUCGAUGCUGUUUUCACCCAGGAUGCCUCACAAGCUGAGGUGUGUUCAGGGACAGUCGCAGAGGUCAUCCAGUCUGUGGUGAACGGUGCAGAUGGUUGCAUCUUCUGCUUCGGCCAAGUGAAGCUCGGCAAGACAUACACCAUGAUUGGCAAAGACAGCUCCACUCAGAGCCUCGGCAUUGUGCCCUGUGCCAUUUCCUGGCUCUUCAAGCUCAUCAACGAGCGAAAGGAGAAGACCGGCACGCGCUUCUCUGUCCGAGUGUCUGCAGUGGAAAUCUUUGGGAAAGAUGAAGAGCUGAAGGACUUGUUGUCUGAGGUGUCAACAGGCAGUCUGCAGGAGGGCCAAUCCCCAGGAAUCCACCUGAGAGAGGAUCCCAUCUGUGGCACUCAGCUCCAGAAUCAGAGCGAGCUACGUGCCCCAACAGCUGAGAAAGCUGCCUUCUUCCUGGAUGCCGCGAUUGCUGCACGAAGUACCAGUCGGCCAAAUGUGGAGGAGGAGGAGCGACGCAACUCCCACAUGUUGUUUACGCUACACAUUUACCAAUAUCGCAUGGAGAAGAGCGGCAAAGGAGGAAUGUCAGGCGGGCGGAGCAGACUGCACCUCAUCGACCUGGGGAGCUGUGAGAAGGUCCUGAGUAAGAGCAGAGAUGGAGGGGGAGGCUUGUGUUUAUCCCUGAACGCUUUGGGAAAUGUCAUAAUGGCGUUAGCAAAUGGAGCCAAACAUGUACCAUACAGGGACAGCAAACUGACAAUGCUGCUGAGGGAGUCCCUUGGCAACAUCAACUGCAGAACCACCAUGAUCGCCCACAUCUCCGAUUCCCCCGCCAACUAUGCUGACUCACUCACCACCAUCCAGCUGGCAUCCCGGAUCCACCGCAUGAGGAAGAAGAAAUCUAAGUAUGCAUCCAGUUCCUCUGGUGGGGAGAGCUCCUGUGAGGAAGGAAGGAUCCGUCGGCCACCCCAUCUCAGGCCGUUCCACCCUCGGACAGUCGCUCUGGACCCAGACCUGCCCUUAAUGCUUAGUGACCCAGACUACUCCUCCAGUAGUGAACAAUCCUGUGACACCGUCAUUUACGUGGGCCCCGGCGGUACUGCCAUCUCUGACAGGGAGCUCAGUGAUAACGAAGGCCCACCUGCUUUUGUCCCAAUCAUCCCCUCUCUUAACAAAAAGAAGUCUACAAAAGACGGCCCUUUGGACAGAGACCAGUUCUUUAAAUGCAACACGUUUGCUGAGCUGCAGGAGAGGCUGGAGUGUAUCGACGGCAGUGAAGAACCCACUGCAUUUGUUGGGGAGGGCAAGAAAUGUCAGGCCAGCCCGAAGACAGACAAAUCUAAAGAGAGUCAAGGCUCUGUUUCACCAAAGACUGUAGCAAAUAUUUCACAUACCCAAGAGGGCGUUUCACCCAAACAAUCGCCAAAAUCUGUUGCAAUGCAACCGUCCUGCAGUCCCAGCAGCAAAUCAAAACUGGACAAUGCUAAGACUCAAUGCACAGAGAAGGCACCAUCAGACAGUGUUCAAAAUGUAUACAGAACCAGCGCCGAUGGGGAGAAAUCCUUGGUUUCAGAGAGUAGGGCUAGCAUAAACAAACAAGCGACUGUUGCAGGGUCCAACUCGGAGCCUGUAGUGAGGGAAAAGGUCUUUUCCAACAAGAAAGCUUUGCCCAAACCUGCUCCACCUCCUUCACAACAGAAAGAAAACACUGACAAGGAGGAGAGAUCUGGCACCAGAAUGCCUCCUGUAGGGAUGAGCCACCAAGCUGUGAAAAGACGGGAUCCUUAUAGUUCCCCUCUGCUCAGUGCUCCGGUAGAAGUGUGCCAGGUUCGCUCCACUUUGAGGGACAGAUGUCUGGAUCGGGACAUCCUCAGAGCCACAGUUACCUUGCAACAGCCUGUGGAGCUAAACGGAGAGGACGAGCUUGUGUUCACUGUGGUGGAAGAGCUUUCUAUAGGCAGCAUUGUAGACAAGGGUCGGCCAUCAAGCAUCAUCAGCUUUAACAGUGACUGCUCCCUUCAGGCGCUGGCCUCUGGAUCCAGACCUGUCAGCAUCAUCAGCAGUAUCAAUGAUGAGUUUGACGCUUACACCUCAGCUGUGGGAGGGUCAGAGGUGAACAUUGCUGUGGUAACGCCCCUUCAGGAGGGGGCGAUGGAGUGUAUAGACAGCAGAGGUUCAUCUAUUAGCUCCUGGCUGAGUGAGGUUAGCGUCUGCACUGUGGCAAGUGAAGGGACUCAUUCCACUGACGUCUUCCUUCCACAGUCCAAACACAUAGCACCAGAAGCCACCUUCUACUUCGAUUCCCUGGAUAUGUUGCACUGUAUUUCCUCCCCUAGAGAUGCCAAGAACUCCUUAAAUGACAGCGGAUUUGAUUUUUCAGAACUAGACAGUGACAGCGCCACUUCAAGUAAACUAUCCUUAACAAAGUGCCCCCCAUCUCCAGAAUCAGCCAAAGGCUCCCUCAGGCUGACAUCUAAAAUAAUUAAAGCUCACUCUCUUAGCUCCUCCCAGCUUCCACAGCCCCCUUCCAUAGUCCACUCCAGUCUUCCCAGGAAGAUAAAACCUACCUCAUCCAUCUCUCACAGCAGCAGCAGUAGCAGCAGAGAGCCACCAAGGCAAGAGGCCAAGCAACAGGAGGAUCCUUGGCAGCGCAGCGACAACCACCCAGAACCUCAGUUUUCCGACUCCAGCAACACCAGCAAAUUUCUCAGAAACCCUCCUAGUGGCAUCCCUUCUUAUAAAACAUCCAACAACAGCAACAGCGUACCUCGCCCACCCAAGGUGCAGGGGUCUACCUCAUCCCAGAGGGUUGUUGAUGGCUGCGAGAAGUCAGCCAGUAAGAAUCCGCCCAGCAAGAUGCCUCAGCUGAGACGAGGUGCCACCACCCUGGGAACUGUUCCUGUCAUCCACUCGUCCACGGACUACAAGGGAGUCCAAGAUGUUAUCGCCUCUCCCUCCAGCCUUAAAUACUCCUCCCUGGGGAAAACCAACAAGGCUAGCUCACAGAAAGCAAGCAAUCUCCCUAGACCUGGUUGCACCUCACCUCCACCCCCACCCCCUGUGAGAAAAUCCAGUUUAGACCAUAAAACUAAGACCCUGCUACCCCAAAGUGCCUUAAAGUCAGCAUACGGGGAGGCAGGAAAGGGAACAAGGGCAGCUGUGUCUGAGGACGAGCUUGAGGUACGUCACAGAGUCGACUCUGCAAGUUAUAAAGCCUCCAGCCUCAACACAGCUAAAGUAACCUCCAGCCUGAAGGGAAGAGGGCCGAGAGGAGAAUCUGGGCAGCAUUAUGGAAGCCAGAUGUCCCUGGAAAGGUGUGACAGUCUGUCUUUAUCGGGCUCCAGAGCUGCACUUAGCAGGGAGAAUAGUGGGGCAAGUCUAGGGAGUAGCAAAUCCAAUAAAUCCAUUCCUAGGUUUGGUAUUCCGAAUUCCUCCAGCUCUCCUAUAGCUACCUGUCCAUCAUCCCCGAGUGGAGGAAGUCUUAGCAGGCCAGGUCAGGUUAAAGCCUCUGCUAACACUAGAGCAUUAGGAACAGUCAAUGGUAGUAAAGCACGCUCACUGUCGGCAAACAACUCCAAAGGUUUGAGCUCCUCUACUAAAUCUUUGGCCACUCCUGUGAGUAAAAACACCAAUGCCAACCUGCCUCCAUCAGGACGGACUUCAGCUACUCGAACAGCUGCUGCUGCAGUCAGCAGUAAACCUGGACGAGGAACUAUCAUGGGGACAAAGCAGGCAAUGAGGGCUGCCAACAGCCGCGUGAGCGAACUGGCAACGGGCAACAUAUCAGGCAAACACAUGAGAGGUUCAGGGGAUUCAGACAGCGGGAAUGACAGCGGGGUGAACGUGUGCGAUGACAAAUCCCCAGUGGCCAUGCUGCCAUCUCCUUACAGCAAAAUCACAGCACCCAGGAGGCCGCAGCGCUACAGCAGUGGCCAUGGCAGCGACAACAGCAGCGUGCUGAGUGGGGAGCUGCCUCCAGCAAUGGGUCGCACUGCUCUGUUCUACCACAGCGGAGGUAGCAGCGGGUACGAAAGCAUGAUUCGUGACAGCGAGGCCACCGGAAGUGCUUCUUCAGCCCAUGACUCCAUGAGUGAAAGUGGCAUGUCAUCUUCUGGGAGGAUGAGGAGCUCCAAGUAUCCCAAGAAGAGAGCGAAUGGCUUCCAGAGAAGGCGCCUCAUCCCAGCACCCCUUCCUGACAGCUCCUCCCUGGGGAAGAAGGCAGCCACGGCAGGCCAGUGGGUGGACUUACCUCCUAUGUCUGGACCGCUGAAGGAGCCUUUUGAGAUCAAGGUGUAUGAAAUCGACGAUGUGGAGCGGCUCCAGAGGCGGCGUCAGGAGGAAACCGCAGAGCAGCCAUUCCAGGAUGUUGACAAGGGUCUGCAGUAUUUUAACAGUAAACUGAAGAUGUUGGAGAGAAGGCAACAGCAAGUGAGAGAGCUGAGGGCAAAGCAUGAAGUGUUGUUGGAGGAGCUGGAGGACACCAAAGCCCGACUGAUGAUGGACCCCAGCAAGUGGAUAGGAGAGUUCGAGGUAGACCAGAGUUUGGACCGAGAGUCUCUAGAGUACCUAGAGGCCUUGGCACAGGCCACGGAGGAGCUGGAGUUCUGUGUCAAUCUAUGCAAGUCCCGUAUCAUGAUGGUGACCUGCUUUGACAUUGCCAUGUCAACACCUGGCGCUCAGGAGGGACUGCGGGAAGUCGAAGUCUGAGGACAAAAGCAAGUGGAGGAAGACAGAGGAAGUGACAGAACAGGAAAACGACAUGGAGUAGAAUGAAGAAUAACGUGUAAGGGAUGAGAAGAGAGCGGAUGUUUGCAUGAAACUAAGGAGAUGCUAACACCUAGCUGCAGUGCCUCGUUGUCCAAGACAUUUUUUUAAUGGACGUGUGCACAAACGCUUCUGCCUGUGUGGCAAAGCAGUGGCCAUCACUUACUCAAGAGUCAAUGAACAACACCUGGAAGUGCCUUUUUUAAACUGUGUUGAUUUGAGUCAUUAUUUUUCCUUAAGGUGCUGGUAUCUUACCUAAGCACACCCCUGAACAUAUUGCUUUUAAGAAAAAAUAUUUUAUAUUGCAUUGUAUAGUGUAUUUAUAUGACUGUGGUGUGUACAAAUAUCCUUUAAGGGAAAAAAUAAAGAGGAAAAAAAGAAAAAAGCAAUAAGCUAAUGUUAUUGCGCUCCCAGACUUUGCCUUUUCUCUUCUUUCAAACCUCAGUCAGCAUUUUAAACCAUGUUCAUUCAGCCUCUAGCGCCUUACGUUUACUCUCUGGUUCUGUAGUUUUCUAGACUUUCCCAAACCGGACUGUGUUAUCUCAUCAAGGACUGCAUUUGCUGUUGUCACUCACAGCCCGCCAGCUGGCCUGUGAAUGCUAGCAGGGCUGAGUGAAUGUUGUUUUUUUUUCUCCUCCAGUUGCCUUGAUCAAAAUGGGUCUCAGUGGAUGCACUAAGGCGGAGCAGCAGGUGGAGCGUGCUCGGCCAUGUUUGUCUCACUGAAAAUGAGAGAUUAUUAAGCCAAAACAUAUCAAUCAGAGGGCCACUGUGAUAGAAAGUGAAUGAUUAGUGUUGAUUCAGCCAUUCUCUCUGGUGCCUCAGUACGUUAUCUGAGAGACUUAAACUCCCUUACCUUAGCCUAGCCUAGCUUAGCCUAGUUUGCCUGGCUUGGAAAGGGUGCUGUGCAUAUUCUGUUAAACAAAGGGGUGCAGAUAAGACAGCACAAAUGUUCUGUACGGAAGCCUAAGGCGGACAUAUAUCCAUAUGAUAACAGAUAUGUUUUGGACAUUUUCUCAAGGUCUCAGCUUUUUUAAAUCAGUGUCUGUGUUAUUGGGGUGCCAUUAUUCUUGGAGUUUAGACCCUGUAGUCCUCUGUAAAGCCUGGACCACGUGUCCAACCUGUGGCUCUUUCCCUGCAUCACUCUCCCAACUCUCUCUUCCUGAUUUCAAACCUCAUACACGGUCCUGUAUCAGUUACAGGCAUGAGAACCACCCCCCCAACUGAGAUUUCAAGAAUGUACUUGUUAUGACAGUAAAACAAAAUGCAUGGAUGCAUGUCCUCUUUGGGCUUCCAUACUUCUGUCCUCUUUAAAAGCACUACCAACUCUAUGCAUUCCAAUACAUUUCCUGCAACCACUGUUAGAACCUCAAUGCUAACCUAAGAUUAGCAACACAGUUUGGCCUCUUUUGCCCCUUUUCUCAUUAAAAAAAAAAAGGCAAAUGAUCAGAGUUGAUUUCAAACAAAGACUCCAGAAUUGUUAUUUUGCAGUAAAAAAGAGCAAAAGAUUGUGACACUGUUUCGGGAAAUCAAUCAUUACAUCAGCUCUCGGUAGCUGCCAGAAUGUGCUUGUUAUGAAUCAGACGGCUGACUCACGGAGAGAACAAAGAUGAUCGCUGAAAAAUGAUUGUGAAGGAAAACAAACUGUCUUUGUUGUACUUUAAAAUGUUACAUUUGUAUAUCCAGGACGAACAUGACUUUCUGUUCUCUUUUCUUUUACAAAGAUGUACUCUCUCAGGCCCUCUCUGAAGAUGCUGCAUGAGAUUUUUUAGUCAUUUUUAUGAAUGAUUUCUACUCCAUUUUUACCAUUCUGAUUUUUUACAAUACCUUCAGUUGUUUUUCACUAAUGUGGGGUUAGUUAGACUCAUGAAUUUAAGAACUGUUACCAAACCAAGACCUUUUUUCCAAGAAAUGAUUAUAUGUAAGGUCAUAUUUCAUAUCAAAACCCAUAUUUUCGAAUGCCUUUGUUUUUGUAUAGGAUUUUCAAACCCUGUGUAUAAAUGUAUGAUACGGCAGCUUGUGUUUUACUUUUACAGUA